UUUAGAAUUGUGGCAAUCUUAUAGCCUCGGCCUCCCAGACCCGUCUAGCGCCGAUUCAAAAUCCGCGCUCUCAACACGUGACCAAAUAAAUUGUCACGUGCUAAACGUUUCUAAUAAUAUUAAUUAACUAAAUUAGUUUUAAUAAUAAAUUUAUAUUUUACUAGAAUUGGAGAACUCGGUGGUUUGUAUUGAAGAGAAAGACUGAAGGAAGUUUGGUGUUGGAGUACUACGUUGAUGAGUCAAAGAAGAAUUUGAAAGGAGAACUUGAUUUGUCAGGAAACGUUGAGCUGAUGGUUGUGCCGGAUUAUGGACGAGGUUAUGCGUUUGUUUUCUGUGUCGUUAACACAAGCAGGAGAAUGUUCUUAGCAGCUGAGUUACAAAAAGAUCGAGACGCUUGGGUUCAAGCCUUGGGAAAGUCACUCAACCAAGUAGUGCACGUUCAAUCAGCCAGCUAUGCUAGAAAAAGACUUGCCAGCAAGAAUUGUUCCGAUUCAAUUGCACAGCCAUCUGGCCCUACAUCUCAGAAGCUUCCUCCGCACGUGCUGUUACCGAGCGGAUGGGAACAGAAGAUAGACAGCACGGGUCGGCCAUAUUACAUUGAUCACGUGAAUAAAAGAACUCAGUACGAAUUUCCUUCAGCUUGUUCAAAGAGCUCAAAUCCUCGUCACUCAGUCGCAGACAUCAACGUUGCAAGAACAGACGGAAUCCCAAGCUCUGUUGACGCCAAUCGUCAGCUUAAAAGGAAGGCACCUCCACCUCCGGACAGUCAACGUCCCAUCAUUCAGAGAAGUCAGACAGCAGACAAUGUUGCAGCUGUGGCAGGUCCAGGGCAAGCAGUGCAUGCAACAGGGUAUGUCGAUAUGAAAGACAAUGGUGGUGAAGAUGCUGGAAAGAUGGCCAGUCUAUCUGGGAUGUUAUCGGCUACUAAUCUAGGGCCAUUACCUCACGGAUGGGAAGAGAGAGUUGCUCCCAAUGGAAAGGCCUACUAUGUAAAUCACGACCUAAGAACAACUCAAUAUGAAGAUCCUCGUUGUUUACCGGCUGGAUGGGAGCAGAGGUAUGAUCCACAGGGACGACCUUACUAUGUAGAUCACAUUAAUAAAACUACUACAUAUGAGGAUCCUAGGAAGAAAAGAGAUGAGAUCCAAAAGAGACAAACUAAACAUGACGGGAAAAGUCUAUCCGAGAUAACACUCAAACUGAAAAACUUUCAGUUAGCAGCACAAAACGUUGAAUUUACUAAGAACAUUGGUGAAGGCGCAUUUGGCGAGGUAUGGCUUGGGACUGUUAAAGGGAUACACACUAACCCUACAGGGAAGACACUUGCAGCCAUAAAGCUCAUGAAAAGUCGUACAGGCAGUACCAAGAACGACACAGACAGAGAAACUCAAGAUUUCCUCCGCGAAGCCGAAGUCAUGUCCAGAUUCAAUCAUCCCCACGUCAUCAGCCUUCUAGCCGUCCAAACAAAUCAAAUGCCCUACCUCAUCAUCUCUGAAUACAUGAACAAGGGAGACCUCAAGAAAGUCCUGAAAAACGACAGGAAAAGUAAACGAUUCUGGCCUGAAAAACUCAAGCUGGAAUGUGCUCUCCAGGCAGCAGACGGUCUCAAGUAUUUAGCCACCGUUAAGUCGUUUGUACAUCGUGAUGUGGCUGCUAGAAAUGUGCUUGUUCAUGGUGAUGAUGAUGGUCCGGACAAACUGUUGUGUAAGAUUACUGAUUUUGGGCUCUCCAGGGACAUAUACGAGUCUCAAUAUUACCGAUUUAAUAUCAAUGAAAAGAGAGCUCUCUUACCUGUAAAGUGGCUUGCUGUUGAGUCAUUGGAAGAUCAGAUCUAUACACACAAGACAGACGUCUGGGGAUUUGGAGUUCUUUUGUGGGAGAUAUUUGCCAUGGGUAUUAUGCCUUAUCCUGGCAUUGAUGCUCGGGUUGUGUGGAAAGAAUUGCGCAAUGGGUUGAGACUCAGCAGGCCGGAAAACUGUCCUGGACAAAUAUACGAUCUCAUAUUGGCUUGCACCUCGUUCUCUCCAGACGCAAGGCCAACUUUUCCAAUGAUCUACACGCGCCUGAGAGAAGAGAUUGAAUUAUGCAGCGUCCUGCAGACUGCUGUCUACUCUAAUACCAUACCUAAAAAUAGCUCCAAUAGCAAGUCUAGUGAACCUACUGGAAGUAACGAGCAAAGUGUGCAAACAUUUGUCUCUAAGACUGUUCGUUUGACUCGACGAUCAGCUGUUGCUAACAUUGAAUCAAUGGAUGACAUUGUUGGCUUGAAACGUGAACUGGUUGAGGACAUUCUGCACUGCAAUUUUGUCGAUUUUGAUUCGAGUGCCAGUUUGGAAGAGUUGGCUGAUCAACUGCGGAUGCUUUGGAUUAGAAGGCAGCGUCCGCCAAAACACUAACUUUGUGAAUUCAAGUACCAAGUCACAAACAAACUGCACUCAACAUACUGUCAGUGUCCAAGCUUUAGUCCAGGUCUGCUGCACGUAGUUACUCUAAUCACAACUUUCAAUUCUAAGAACAAAGUAAGUUGUAGAUUUUACAAUCGAAGAAUGUUAAGUGCAGUAUGUCAAACUAGAAGAGAAACACAAUCUACUACUACGU